UCCCGGCCGAGCGCAGAGCCGCGCGCCGCCCCGCAGGUCCUGGCAGGGCGAUAAGGAGCCGGCGCGGGCGGCGGCGCGCAGAGCGGCCCGCUGCAACGGGCAGGACCCGGCCAGGCCGGGCGGCGGCGGCCCAUGCUGCCUGCGGGCCGCGGCCGGCGGUUGGCGGCGGCGCUGGUGGCGGCGCUGGGCGAAGGCGCGGAGCGGCGGCGGGAGCUGGAGCGGCGGGCGGCGCGGAGCCGGGACCUCCUGCGGCACUGGGGCAGCGAGGAAGAGGAGCGGUCGCAGCCAGGUACCGGCUCCAGCGGCGGACACGAGAACAGGCCUUCACCCAAGGAGCUGGAGGAGCUGGAACUGCUAAACAAGGCCUUAGAGAAGGCACUGAAAGUCAGGAAAAGCAUCUUGAAAACUCCAUUAGAGGUCCAGGGAGCUACAGGAGAGAAAUCUGUAGGUGAGGGACCUGCUUCCAAAAAUGAUGAAAAGCAGCAAGUGCCUGUACCUGUUGAGGAUGUUUCUGAGAGCACAAAGGUGAGAGCUGUAAGCAAAAAGCCUGCCUCUUUGAAGAAACCCUCUCUAUACCAGCUAAGAGCUCCUUAUAGGACUGACCUAGAUGUGAAAAAACUGCAAAGGAAGGCCCCAGCCAAAUGUGUUUCUCAAGGUCCCAGGACAACUGGGAGCAGCUCCUCAAAAAGGGUGCAUUGCAAACAAGGAAGGAGUCAUAGGACAGUAGUCAGUGCCGGUGACAGAGAGGUCUGUGCUCCAGCUGAACACCAAAAGACACCUGGCUUGUCCAGAUCUGUCCAGAAUGAGCAGCAAAGCUUUGCUGUAGGGGAUUCAGCUGGGGGAAAGAACUCUGUAGCUGUUGGCCAGUGGUUAUUUGAUGCAGGGAAGAAAAGUUGUGGUUUCCUGCAAAAGCCCAGCAAAAAGGAGGACCCUACAGCUGAAAGUGCGUUGGGAAGGAGCACCUCACCUCGGACAGUCACCCUGCAAGAAAAAGGAUGCCAGCUGAAGCUACCUCUUCCCUACAGGAAAGCCUAUUCCAGGAAUUCCAGGGCAUGGAAGAGAUGUCAUCUCUGCCAAACAAGUGUAGAAGCAGCAGCUGCAAGGAACCGUUUUAUAGAGGGGAUCCAGACAACUUUUUGUUCCCCGAUGCCUGCCUUCAGUCCUGCAGAAAUAGAGGAGGAGUUAAAGGUCCUCCAGGACAUCCCCGCCCUUCUGAGUCAGCAUGUGGAAGCUGAGUCUGCAGACCAUCCCACUCUGCAAAGAGAGUAUGAAAGCCUUCUAACCUUGGAGAGUUUGCAAACCACAGUUUCCCAGUGUCUGCAUAAGCUGCAGUUUCUGCGAACAGCUGUGGAGUCCCAGAUGAGCCUGUGCCCAGACUGCACUGGGGAUGCUGGAAGCUGCUCCCCAGCCUGUAUUCCUCCCAGGGGGCAGAUGUGUGACAGUGCAGGCAUGCUGGCUGUGCCUCUCCUUUGCUACUCCAGUUUCCAGGAGCUGAGGGACCUGUUUGCCUUGAAGCUAAAAGUCUCAAUGCUGCACCAAGAAAUUGCCUUACAAAAGGAAAACCAAUUAAAAAACCCAAAACAACCAGCACGGGAGAAGCGAGUGGAGAUGGGAACUGUUUGUGUCAGCUCCGGUCUCCCUGUCUGCCUGAUCCGCUCAUGGGAAAGGGAGGGAAGCCCGGGCUGCCGCUGGCCGCGGCCACCGACUCCACCGCCACGCUCAACAAGCUGGCCCUGGCCACGGGCGGGACCGAGAAGUCCUGGUACCGCUGCAUCUUCCCCUUCGGCAUCGUCUCCGUGGUCAUCGGCGUAGCAGCGACGUGCAUCACCUUCACCAUCAAUGGCCCGCAGAUGGACAUCGCUAAGGUGGUCUCGGUGGCCACCUUGAUUUUCGGGGUGGGCCUGCUGGUGGCCGCCUACGUGUGCUGGCGGGCCAAGUGGGAGAGGCAGCGGAGGCGGCAGCGCCAGGAGCCGGUCUCCGUGGAGCAGGGAGCCCUAUGACCCGGGCUGGGGGCAGACUCUGCUCCGCCCGGAGCCCCCUGCUUCCCCCCGCACCCGGCGCACCGCGGCGCAGCGGUGACAGCACCGGCUUCGUCGCACUCCAGGACGCCCGGCCCCGCCGCACCGAGCCCCGCCGGCGCCCCGGCCCCCCCCCGCCUGCCCGGGCCCGGCACGGAACCAGCGCGGAGCCCACGGAGCGUGUCACCCUGCGGGGACCCGGGUCCGCCCCCGCCCCGCAGCCAGCCCGGUGCCGGGACCCCCCCGCGCGGCGUCGGAAGGAACCGGGACCACUGUCCCUUCCCCGGCCGCGAGGACCCCUGUGGGUCUGGGCAAAGGGACUUUCAGAAGGACAACUGGGGAGAUGCGGGGGGCUGGGCGCGGGGGGGCUGUCCGUAGGCAGCGGGAGGUGCUGGAGCCCCGGGGACAGCACGGGGGGCAAGGGGGGGGUCGGGAGCCGAACAUAGCCCGGGGGGCGCGGGGAGCGCAGGGGCUGUUGGGGUGCGGUGCGGGGUGCUGAACGGCGAGGGGGGCGCACCGGGCUUGUUCCGUCACCGUGCGGGAGAGCCAGCCCGAUGGCAUCCCGGGGGACAGGUCCCCUCCGUGAGGGGGUCCCUCUGCCUGGGACGCCCAGGGAGAUCCCCCGGCUAGGGGCGUCCCACAGCAAUUCUGUCACCGGAGAAGGAGCUGGAGUUGCGUUAAGAAGGAGCAAAUACAUUUUUACCACUUUUUUGGAAACAAAGUGCCUGCUCCCAUUCUUUGAGUUUAGCUUCUGAGCUCUUUCUUUACCCGAAAAAAUAAGCACGAGGCGUGGGCACCGGGGUCCCUCUCCGGCAGCUCCCAGAGCAGCACGGCCGCUCCGUGGCCACGCUGCUCCCUGCCCCGGCGGCCCCGCACCCAGAGGGGCCCCCCAAAACCAGCCCCCCCGGCUCCUGUGCGAUGGGCACCCGUGCCAAGAGCUACAGAGAGAGCAGCCGCGCUCCCGGCCGCUCGGCAGCUGGAGGCCUUCCAUGCGUGGCAGAAGGGAGUGAGUAAGACCAAAAGCCACAAGCGGGGGGGCAUGCAGGAGCAAAGUGUGGGGGCUCGGGACCCCCACGAGCAUGCCAUGCCACAUGCCACCCGCCCUCCCAGCAGCUCUGUCCCCACUGGUUCUGCCUCCAUAAUUAAAUCACACUCCGCUGCCGGGAGGAAGCCCUGGGAGCUGCUGCUUGCUGCAGCACGCAUGGCCAGGAGCCAUCGUGCCUGGGAUACUGGGAUACUGGGACUUAGAGUCCCAGUCCUGCAAAGUGAGGUUCAAACACCCACAGAGUCUGGGAGGUUUAGAGACGCUUCCAGCCCCAGCUCUGACCGAAGCUUUCCUUCCACGAGCAAUCAGGAGGUGGGGCGGCGUUACAGAGACCAGCUGGGCUCUGCAGCGGGUGAUGAGUUUAGCAGGCGUCAAGCCCGGGCUGUUCUUUGGAAGCUUGAUCGUCGCUUCGGGGUGUUUGUGUAGCUGAAGUUUGCAGUUUCAGCCUAUCUCGGGACAAGCAAAGUGGUGGUUUCCAGCCAUGGGGUGCUCAGUGAUGUGUGUCGUCAGGGAUGCUCAGCAAAGCACUCCUGUAUUGACAGUUUGAGGUGCCAGCUCAUUAUUAUUAUUAUUAUUAUUAUUAUUAUUAUUAUUACAUUUUUUAUUUCCUUCUUCUUGCUAUAAUAUUUCAGCAAACAGGCUUGUGGCUGCCUGCAAAUUCCUCUGCUCUCACUUUGCUCCUCACCACUGCCUGAAGCCACCAGUCUGGCUAUAAAUUUAUCUCCCUUUUCAAGUGCUCAGCCCUUCUCCCCGAGCACUGCAAAGUAAAUCCCAUCUGAACAGGAUGCAGGGAUGGGUUGUCUGGCUGUACCUGAGGAAAGCCUUGCGAGCCAGCCCAAAAUUUCUGGCAUCAGGCCCAUUACAUCUCACACUUCUUUGAUCCUGAAAUCCGGUUCCCUGGAGCUGGAUUGCCUUGCUCCCUGCACCCAGAGAGCUUGCUGAGCCCAUCCCAGAGAGAGCCUGGAUGAGCUGGAGUGCCAUCCCUGGCCAGUCCUGAGCUAAAAAGUCUGAUGCAGGCUGAUCUUUUCUUCUGUUUCUGUUAAAAGCUUUAUAGAAUUUGAUUUCUGGUGUAAGAUCUACACAUGCAAAAUCCCUCCUGCUGUCUGCAAUGGUUUUAUAUCUGUGAACGGACCCUGGUAAGCUCCCCCGCAGGACUGUGACCAUGCAAGUACUGGCUGAAGGGCAAGUCCUAGAGAAAUUCAUCUCCUUAAAGAGCACUGAGUGAUUUUUUGGGGCUGCAGGAAUAGAUGGCCGGGACAGUUACACCCUGUUCAGCAAAGAAGCCAGAAGGAGGAAGAGAAAAGGACCUGCAUGGUCAGUCACUCACAGAGCACCGCACCCAGGGAUCCGAAACUUGCCACCCUGCUGACAGCACCCCGUGUUGCUCUUCCUUGGGCAGCGUGCAGGAGGGAGCUGAUGGCUCUCUGUUUGCUGGCAGACAACACCGCCAUCUCACCCUUGUCCUCAAGUCCCCACUGGUGGCAUUGCAGAUGUGUGGGAGCUUCCUGGCUGUUCCCUUCCCUGUGCAAGCUGGAGAGGCUCCAGAAAGCAUCCCACCCAGGCACCCCACUGCGCACCAAGACGCUGUUCCGUGGGGUGCAGCAACUGACAGUCACCCUCCACUCUGGGUGCCUGGGCCCUGGGUGCCCGUGGCAGGGCGAAAGGCUGGGUCUCCCACCCGCACACCGUGGUGGGGAAAGGUGGCUCACUCGCGGGCCUUGUUGCCCAGACCCCGUGGCUGAGGUGUCGGAGCAGAAGCUCUCGGUGCGCAGCUGCAGCACAGCCAGCCAGAGCCGUCUGUCUCCAGGAGCGGGGAAGCGCCCUGGGAAGGCAGUGCCGCAGCUGUCUUGUUGCAAUCUGGAGCUAAGAGACGGCUUUUAUCUUUUGUAGGUGAUCAGAACCAAAAAUUAAUAAACCUGUAAAGCUCACUUGAA